GCAUACUCGAGCUGUAAGCGUAAACACAGCAAACACCCGAGCACCCACAAACUGUAUACAAUUACCCGAGUACGCACUGUAAUCUGAAUUGGUCGCACAGACUGUUGGCUGUGUUAUUCUGACAGCUGACAACUGAUAACUGACAUCAUGACUCUGGAAACGCUGGUAACGGCAUUGGCCUGCCUGAGCACGACGACAACGCUGCCAGAAAAGCCCAUUCCCAUUAUUGUGAAGAACUCAGUGGAGCCGCUUCGCGUGGACAAUAGCACUGGCGGCUGUCCGGCGGCUGCGCUGGGCGGCCUACUGGCGCGUGUCCAGCACAUGACCGACGAGGUGCGGUCACUUCGAGAGGAUCUCAAUGAGCUGCAGCAGCUCAUCGAUGAGUAUAAGAGCCAAGCGCCAGCCAGAGUACAAAUUGAGCCGUCCAUCCUUGCCCCUCGGCAAUUAGAUGUGAGCGACACACCUCGCAGCUGUAUCGAUCAGAAGCACGGCCUGGUGCUCAUCCAAAUUGCACCAGAUGUGGAGCCCUUUUAUGUGAACUGCGACCAGAAUUUUAGAGACGGUGGCUGGUUAGUAAUCGCGAAUCGCUUCGACGGCAGCGAGGACUUUAAUCGCGAGUGGCUUGCGUACAAGACCGGCUUUGGUGCGCUCAAUUCGGAGUUCUUCAUCGGGCUGGACAAACUGCAUCGCCUCACGAACAGCAUGGAUCACGAGCUGCUAAUUAUAAUGCGCAGCAAGACGAAGGAGGAGCGCUUCGCUAUUUAUGAUCAGUUCAGCAUUGGCAGCGAGGCCGAGAAGUAUUACCUCUAUGUGCUUGGCACCUACAGGGGCGAUUCUGGCGACUCGCUGCGUUACCAUUCCGGCAAGAAGUUCACCACCUACGACCAGGACAACGAUGACAAUGCCCAAAACUGUGCACGCUCUCAUACUGGCGGCUGGUGGUAUGGACGCGAAUGCUUGGAGAGCAAUCUCUUUGGCACAUUUCAACCCACUCAUGGCCAGGAGAUUGGUUAUUUUAAGGGCAUACUGUGGAAAACUUUUGUACCCGGUCCGACCGGCUCUCUGAGAUAUGUUCGCAUGUUAAUUCGACCUUACAAAAAGACGCAAUGAUGACCUUGGGAUACGUUUUAAAUGCGCUCAGCGUACAAGACUCCUAAUUAGACUCGAACUAACCUAACCUCCUCACCUAGUAGACACUAUUUAGAACAACAUUAUUAUUGCGUUAUUAUUAUGUAUGAAUACAACAUCGUAUUUGUAUUCGCAUUAAAUUAUUAUUUUAAUUAUAAGGCAUUGAGCUUAAAAACCAAACAUUUUUUUGUACAGUUUGUUCACAAAUCGUUUUCUUGCCGUACAAUAUUAUAUUUUUGUACAAAAUGCAGGCCAUAAUUGUAUUGAUAUUGCAACAAAUGAAUUGAAUUUAAUUUCCUAUUGCUAAAACGCAAUGAUUUAUUAGAAAAUUAUGUAUUCGGCUUUACAGGAUACAUUUUGAAAUAUUCCCAGAAAUGUAAUUUUCUAAUCAUAUUUACUUAUUCACUUAAAUAUCAUAAUAAAAUUAUCAAUUAAUU